AUGCCUGGAACUACAAAGAUUCAUACUAAAGACUCCAAAGACCCAUACCAAAGAUGUCAAAAUUUUAUAUCAGAGAUUCCAAACAAAUAUACUGCAAGAACACCAAAGCAAAAUAUAUCAAGAACUCCAAAACAACAACAUAUUAAAGACUCCAAAGAUUUAUACUUACAUACUGAUAGAGCUCCAACCUUGCUCUAUCACAUCUUAACCAGCUAUUAUUUUGUUAGGUCUGAUAGGACACUAAGAUUCAUGCUAGGAACUCCAAAGAUUUAUACCAGGAACUCCAAAGAUUCAAACCAGAGAUACCAAGAAUUUAUACUAGGAAUGUCAAAAAUUCAUAAAAGAGAUGCUAAACAAAUAUCCAAGAAUAGCCCCAACCCUGCUUCAUCACAUCCUAACCAGCUAUUAUUUGUUAGGUCUGAUCAAGAACACCAAAACAACACACCAAAGACACUAAAGAUUCAUGCCUGGAAUUCUAAAGAUUCAUACUAG